UUUCUCGAUAAUUUUUUUGAUUAUUUUUCGCUUUUAAAAUGUCUUUAAACUGGAACCUUUGUGCCUUAUGUCAAAAAGACACAAAAGAAAAGAUUUUAUGUCCGGAAAAAGCUUCAAAUACUUUACUUGCUGGCUCAAGUUACAAGACAAUUGCAGAAAACUUGAAAGAAUUCGAGAAACUUGAUUCGCUACCUAUUAACAUUCCACUUUCUUCUCUUGAUGAUGGCAGAGGCAUUGAAAAUACUUUAAGAAAUCACAGAGCAUCAUGGCACAAAUCGUGCUAUAAUAAAUGCAAUACGCUAAAGCUUCAGCGGGCACAAAAGCGCAAAAGUGAAGAGGAAUUUUCAACUGAGGAUCCAGCAUUAUUAGGAGCUACUAGUCCAGCUAAAACAAGAAGAAAGACAUUUGAAUUGUCAAGUAAGAGUAGCAAUGCUUUAUCAUGUUUUUUCUGUGAUUGCACAGAGGGUGAUUUGCAUAAAGCAGAAACCAUGUCAAUUACCAAUAAUGUUCAAUCAGCGGCCGAGACGCUUCAAGAUUACAAACUGUUAGCAAAAUUAGCACAAGGUGAUAUGCAUGCAAGAGAUGCAUAUUACCAUAAAUCAUGCUUGACAUCUCUCUAUAACCGUCAGAGAAGCAAAUUAAACCAACCACAAGAUAGUGCUGUUGAUGAUAAAAAUGAAAUAACACCUGAGGCAAUAGCCCUUGCAGAAUUAAGCCUAUAUAUUAGUGAAAGCCUGGCAGCUGGUGAAGCAGUUUUCAAGAUGUCUCAAUUGUCAGAGCUCUAUUGUUCAAGACUUGAACAAUUGUCCAUAGAGUGGUUGGUCCAUCGUCCUCAAGAACCGCUAAAAAUUCAUUUCAUGGAACAGCAAUUUCCCUUACACAACAUCCUUCUCUUGACUCACAAGGAGAAGAACGAGAACAAGUGCCACAGGAUAACACUCCCACAAAGUCAAAGGUCGUCAACAGUUUACCUGAAUUCUAUACAACUGUAA